AACACCGCAUAUUGUUGAUGUCAUGGGCGGACACUGUCAACAGACGGUACCAAGCGCGCGUGUAGACUCUAAAUAUCCAUACCCGUACCCAGCAUAGCAGGAGACUGCGGCAGAGAUCCCGACUUCCCUUCUCGGCGCACUGCCCGUCUGUCAGCCCUCAGAGCCCCACUAUUGGGCAACCUUGGAACGAACACGACGCCAACAAGAGUCCGCGCACUCCUUCACAGCCGCUCUUCCAGAGUCCUGCUCUCUCCAUGCCAGGGCGCCAAUCGUCUCUCUACUAGCUCUUUACCCACGUCCUUGCCUAACUAUGGAGCUCGACAUCGCGCCCCAGUUCGGCGCGGAGUUGAAGGACGGCUACAAGAACGUCAACGCCUGGGUCUCCGGCGGCAUAUCCUGGCUGGACGACAUCCAGCAAUUCUACCGAGAAAGAAGUGCCAUAGAGAAGGAGUACUCGGGCAAGCUCAGUGCCCUGGCCAAGAAAUACUAUGAAAAGAAAUCGCGGAAAGUGAGCAGUCUGAGCGUCGGUGACACGCCUACUGUCACCCCAGGCUCGCUCGAGAGCGCGUCCAUGACAACAUGGGGUGUGCAGUUGAGCACCCUGGAGUCUCGCGCUUCAGAACACGAACAAUUCGCGGGAGCCCUGGUCACCCAACUCGCCGAUCCACUCAAGACCUUGGCUGGACGAUACGAGGAAAUACGCAAGCUUCACAGCGACUACGCUUCAAAGCUUGAGAAGGAGCGUGACAGCCAGUAUGCAGACCUGCGCAAGAUGAAGGGCAAAUACGACAGCGUUUGCCAGGACGUGGAGAAAGGCCGAAAGAAGGUCGACAGCGCAUUCGACCAUGGCAAGGGAAAGGCGCGGAACGCCUUUGAGCAGCAGCAGGUUGAAAUGCGAAACAUCAAGAACACCUAUAUCAUCAAUAUCAACGUUACAAACAAGCAAAAGGAACUGUACUACCACUCGUAUGUUCCUGAGCUUCUAGACAGCUUACAAGACCUUUCCGAGACACGAGUUAACAAGUUGAACUCGAUAUGGUCUCUUGCUGCAAAUAUCGAGACGCAGACUCUCACGCGAAGUACAGAAUUCAUGAAGCACCUCUCGUCUGAGAUCCCGCGCAACAAUCCCUUGCUCGACUCCAUGAUGUUUGUACGUCACAACGCUGGUCCAUGGCAGGAACCCGGAGACUUCCAAUUCGAGCCUAGUCCGGUAUGGUUGGACGAUGGAAAUCUUGCAACAGACGAUGCUGCAGCAGUGUUCCUUCGCAAUGUUCUGACCAAGACAAAAGCUUCGCUUGGAGAUUACCGACAGCAACUAGAAAAGAAGCGCAAAGAAGUAGAAAACGCAAAGACUGUACGGCGCAAUAUACGAGAAGGAAAAGACAAAAGAGAUGAAGUGGACGUGGUUCGAGCUGUGUUUGCUAUCCAAGAGGUCAUGCAUGAAGUCGAGCGGCAAAAGGUCAGCGCAGAAGUUGAGGUGUCUACCAUCACCUCAGUUGUAGGCGAUCUCAGCAUCGGCGCGAGAAACCACAACUUCAAGUCCCAGACGUUCAAAAUACCUACCAACUGCAACUUGUGCGGUGAUCGGAUAUGGGGGUUGUCUGCGAAAGGAUUCGACUGCAAAGACUGCGGUUACACCUGCCACAGCAAGUGCGAACUGAAAGUGCCAGCAGACUGUCCAGGCGAACAGACCAAAGAGGGAAAGAAGAAGCUGAAGGAAGAGCGGCAAAAGGCUGCUCAAACCGUGACACCAACGAAUGGCGCCGCGACAGCCUCUAAUUCUGAUAUGCCGCGCUUAGCCAGAAGCGACACGGUCAACUCGAUGAACACUCUCAGCUCGGGCUACUCUGCAACAGCACAUAGGUCCAUUUCUGGAGGAAUCUCCCCAACUGUGGAAGAGCCAGUAGCGGAAAAGAAGGUAAUAGCGCCGGCGCCUAAGAGGAACCGUAUUGUUGCGCCACCGCCUGCACAAUACGUCAAAACCGAUGAUGAACUAGGCUCUUCGACGCCAGCAUCACCAGAACUCAAGGGCAGGAUGUUGUAUUCUUACCAGGAGAAUGGAGAGGGCGAAUUGUCUAUCCCCGAGGGAAGGGAAAUCACUAUUCUGGAACCCGACGGUAGGUCUUCCGCCAAUAUGUCCCCCAUGUUCCGAUAUCUUAUCGACCGGUCACUCACAUACGACUACACAGACGGUACCGGCUGGAUGCGAGUCCGUGUCGGCUCCAACGAAGGCCUUGUACCUGCUGCGUAUGUUGAGGUUCUGGCCGCGACACCGCCUACAACCGCAUCGACACUCUCUUCAAACCGCCCUGACUCGACAUACUCUGCCUCGUCAGCAUCAACGACCAACCUCCACGCUGCCGCUUCUUCUUCCGCGCUUGGCAAGAAGAAGGGUCCGGCUGUGGCACCCAAGCGUGGCGCAAAGAAACUGAAAUACGUCGAGGCUCUGUACCAAUACAACGCGCAAAGCGAUGCGGAACAUUCAAUGACAGAAGGUGAACGAUUUGUACUCAUCAAUUUGGAUUCGGGCGACGGGUGGGCCGACGUCGAAAAGAAUGGAGUGGUGCGAAGUGUCCCCGCGAACUAUCUUCAUCAGGUGUAGACUUCCUGCUUGACGGUCGUGAAGGAUAUGAGCCUUUUUUGAUUCCUUGUUUGCAUGCAUUUGAAGCGUUUAGGGCAAAAUAUCAUCAUUGCGGUUGAAUGGAAUUUACAUACGGAAACUAUGGUUCGUGUGUGCUCAGGUACGUCUUGAUUGAAUCUUGCAACAUUGAACUGUAUGUCGACAAAGUCCUAGAUAGCUGCUAGCGAGGGGUUGUUUUCUCGUUCAUCUUCAUCUUCACGCAGCACCAUCGUAUCUCACCUCAUUUCAUCACAUCACAUCAUAAUCCUACCAUGAACACAAUAACCCACUCAAUGGAACAUAGCUGGUGGUCGAAACUGUAGUAAGAGCAGGGUUAGGCAAAGCACGAGCGGUUAACGAACCGUCGCUUGGGGUGAGUUGUAUACGUGGGUGUAGCGGG